AACCAACUUCCGGGAAAACAACGAAUUAAAGCUGCACGUUUAGAGCUGUCAUCUGUUUAAAGUGUUCGCCAUGGGACACACCAGCCUGGACAAGAUCAUUGCACUGCAGAGAAACCCUGCAAACAUCAGAAACUUGUGCAUUCUGGCACAUGUUGACCAUGGCAAAACCACUCUCGCUGACUGCUUAGUGGCAAGUAAUGGUAUCAUAUCAAGUCGCCUGGCUGGGAAGCUGAGGUAUCUCGACAGCAGAGAGGAUGAGCAGAUCAGAGGAAUCACCAUGAAGUCCAGUGCCAUCUCUCUGCACUACAGAAAUGGAGAUCAGGAGUACUUACUUAAUCUGAUCGACUCUCCUGGUCACGUCGACUUCUCCUCUGAGGUUUCCACUGCUGUCAGGUUGUGCGACGGUGCCAUUGUAGUUGUUGAUGCUGUGGAGGGUGUGUGUCCACAGACCCAGGCUGUGCUGCGUCAGGCGUGGCUGGAGAACAUUAGGCCUGUUCUGGUAAUCAAUAAGAUAGACCGACUCAUCAUGGAGCUGAAGCUCACCUCUCAGGAAGCCUACACCCACCUGCAGAAGAUUCUGGAACAGGUGAACGCAGUGACAGGAACUUUGUUUACAUCCAAAGUGCUGGAGGAGCGAGCAGAGAAAGAGAAGGAGGAGGAGAAAGAGAGCGAGAAAGAGAGCGAGAAAGAGAGCGAGACGUCGAGCGGUGAUCAGGUUUAUGACUGGAGCGCUGGGCUGGAGGAGGCGGACGACUCCCACCUGUACUUUUCUCCUGACCAAGGGAACGUGGUCUUUGCCAGCGCCAUUGACGGAUGGGGGUUCAGCAUCCAGCAGUUUGCCCACAUCUACAGGCAGAGGAUGGGCAUUAAAGCAGAGGUGCUGCUCAAAACCCUGUGGGGAGAUUACUACCUCAACACAAAAACAAAGAAGAUCAUGAAAGGAGCUCAGGCCAAAGGAAAGAAGCCACUGUUUGUGCAGCUUGUGCUGGAAAACAUUUGGAGUUUGUACGAUGCAGUUGUUACUAGGAGAGACAAGGAGAAGGUGGAGAAGGUGGUGACAUCACUUGGGAUAAAGGUGAUGGCCAGGGACUCCCGUCACUCCGACCCCAAAGUCCUCCUGUCGGCCAUCUUCAGCCAGUGGUUACCUGUGUCCCAAGCUGUGCUCUCGAUGGUGUGUGAGAAGCUUCCCAGUCCUUUAGACAUGGCGGCAGAGCGCGUGGAGAAGCUGAUGAGUGUCGGAGCACGACGAUUUGACUCAUUGCCCGAACAAACUCAGGAACUGAAAAAAGCGUUCCUCCAGUGUUCGAGGGAGGAAAAUGCUCCAGUCAUCAUCUUCGUGUCCAAGAUGUUUGCCGUGGACACCAAGGCUUUGCCUCAGAACAGACAGAGGCCGUUGACCCAGGAGGAGAUUGCCCAGCGCAGAGAGCUUGCUAGGCAGAGGCAUGCUGACAGGAUGGUAGCUGGUCAGACGGCAGCAGAGAGUCCUGAAAACGUCACCCCCUCAGGGAGUGUGGCACAGGAAGGCCAGCCUGCUGCACUCAGCACAGCUAAAAUGGAGAGCUUGACAUUGAAAGACUCAAAGCCAGAGGAGGAAGAGGAGCAGAGACAGACCUUCAUAGCAUUUGCCCGGGUCUACAGUGGAGUGGUCAAGAAAGGACAGAGAGUAUUUGUGCUUGGACCAAAGUAUGACCCCGCCCGGGGCCUGAGCAUGCUGCCACAGAGCUGCAGUGCUUCAGACUGUCUGCCUGAGGUGCCUCAUCUGUCCUGUUGUUCCAUGGAAAGCAUCUACCUGCUGAUGGGCAGAGAGCUCGAAGAGCUGGAGGAGGUGCCUGCAGGAAAUGUCCUGGGUGUUGGAGGCCUGGAGGAGUAUGUCAUGAAGUCAGCUACACUGUCCACCUCCCCCGCUUGCCCGCCUUUCACCCCGCUGAACUUUGAGGCCACACCCAUUGUACGGGUUGCAGUAGAGCCCAAACAUCCAAGUGAGAUGCCAAAGCUUGUGCGUGGGAUGCGUUUGUUGAACCAGGCAGAUCCCUGUGCUGAGGUACUGAUCCAGGAAACGGGAGAACAUGUUCUGGUCACUGCUGGUGAGGUUCAUCUCCAACGCUGCCUGGAUGAUCUCCGAGACCGGUUCGCUAAAAUUGAAAUCAGUGCAUCCAAGCCCAUCAUCCCGUUCAGAGAAACGGUGAUACGUCCCCCAAAAGUGGACAUGGUCAAUGAAGAGCUAGGCCGGCAGCAGAAAGUCGCCAUCAUUCACCAGGUGAAAGAAGAAGCCUCGCAGGGUCGUUCAUCAGACACCCUACAUGUGGACCCCAGUGGUCUGGUCACCCUCACCACUCCCAACAGACUGGCCACUGUCAGUGUUCGCGCAAUCCCCCUACCUCCAGAGGUGACCUCUCUUUUGGAGAGUAGCUCAGAGCUGAUUCGGACUCUGGAGCAGAUAAACAUGUCCCUGAGGGAGGGGAAGAAUCUGGACAUCAGUCUCGGGACCUUGGAGGCCAUCGCUGGACUCAAGGCCCAGCUGGAAAGCCUUCUGCAGGGGAGGAAGUGGAGGAACACUGUGGAGCGUAUCUGGGCUUUUGGUCCUCGCAGAUAUGGUCCCAACAUUCUGCUGAACAGUGUGGAGAGCUACCAGCGGCCCUCGGUGUGGCAGUGUCUGGGCAGGGGAGACAAAACUGGCGAGGCUGGAGCUCAGGUUCUACGAGACUUUGACAACAGCAUCGUCAGCGGCUUCCAGCUAGCAACUCUGUCAGGGCCCUUGUGUGAGGAGCCCCUAAUGGGAGUUUGCUUCUCCAUUGAGAGGUGGGACGUCCAGUCCUCAGGCCCACCUCAGAGUCAGGACUCUUUGGAGGGGGACCUCACAUCUCUUGAGGCUUCAGCAGAAAGCAAAGUGGGAGGAAGCAGUGAGACAUCUGUACAGGCAGAGAGCACAGCAGCAGGACUCAGCCAGACCAGACGCAGGCCAGAAGCUCCCUCUGCAGACUCCUACUGGCCCGUCUCCGGCCAGCUGAUCGCUGCCAUGAAGGAGGCCUGUCGUCAUGCCUUCCAGGCUCAGCCCCAGAGACUCAUGGCUGCCAUGUAUACCUGUGAGAUCAUGGCCACCGCUGAAGUGCUGGGCCGAGUGUAUGGCGUCCUGGGGAAGCGAGAGGGUCGCGUCCUCCAUGAAGAGAUGAAGGAAGGGACAGACAUGUUCAUCAUCAAGGCUGUUCUGCCUGUGGCUGAGAGCUUCGGAUUUGCUGACGAGAUCCGCAAGAGGACCAGCGGAUUGGCCAGUCCACAGCUGGUCUUCAGCCACUGGGAGGUUAUCAGCAGUGAUCCAUACUGGGUUCCCACCACCGAAGAAGAAUACCUGCACUUUGGUGAGAAAGCAGACUCCAUCAACCAGGCCCUCAAAUACAUGAACGCUGUCCGCCGCCGCAAGGGUCUCUAUGUGGAGGAGAAGAUAGUCGAGCACGCAGAGAAGCAGAGAACACUCGGCAAGAACAAGUAGAGAAGAAAACGCACAGAAGACACGUCCAGCUCCUCCUGCCGGGCUGUAAGACGCUGCUGACGUCCAUCCAUGAAGGAUCGCAGACACACACUGUACACCAGCAUUACACUGUUCCAUCAGUUUCAUUCAUGAUUAUUCCACAUGCAGCAGUCACUCUGUUUCAAAAGACAUCUCCGUCACAGCAUCACUGAUACUACAGUUAAAAACAGCAACCUGUGCUUAAAGUCUUGUUUUUUCAUUUAACAGUUACUAACCUCUGAUUUCAGUGACCAGUCACAAAUUCGACAAUACACAUAUUAUAUUGAUUAACUGGGUGAAUGAUACAUGAGAAAGAUCCACAUUGAUAAUAAAAGAUGCGUCACAAAUGUCAGUUUUUUCACAAAUGGCUUCAUUCAGUGGUAUCGAUAAAUUCAAUAAACUAAUGUAUUGGAAUUAGGAUACAGAUGUUAUUUUUCAUUGCUUUAUAGAUGUACUGUUGUAUGGCAUGACUUUAAUCACCAUCAUGAUCAGGUUAU